AUGAGUCAAAUCGAAAUAUUUGCUUAUACUUUUCUUGGAAUUUUCCUUGAGAUGAAUAAUGUUGUUGGUUUACUAGGUGCAGCUCUCGGCGUUUCCCCUCAUUUUCUUCUCAUCAUAUUUGCAUUAUCUGCAAUUGCGAGUAAUAUUCGACAUAUUUAUUCUUUCUCGUUGGCUUCUCGAACAAUUUCAUUAACAUUGGAACAGAUUCCAAGAAUUUUCUAUGCAGUGAUGGCAAUUUUAGCUGCAUAUAAUUUUAAUGCAGCGUUAAUGGCAUUCUUGGAUAUGUUUUCAUGUUUCUGUUUGAUUUCCGUUGUUGUCAUAUGUGAAGAGCAUCUUAUCUUUCGACGAUGUUCAUAUCAAAACUAUGAUUUCAAUUUGUGGAAUCAUCGCAAAGUUCUGUCGAUGAUGUCGUCUGAAUUGUGUGAAGGUCACAUUUCUAACGUGGAUCAAAUUUAG